CGAAACCGUUCUGUAAGGGUUUGUGUGCCAUUUGUCCAACAGUACAAUGUAAGCCAGUGAUUUGUCAUAAACCUUUCCGACUGUCUUUGCUUUGAGAAGUACACGAGCAACGCUGAUAACCCGCGCAUGCGCAUUGUAAGGCCCAGAUCCGCAAGACAAGCUGCUGUGGCAGUGAUUGACACCUGUCAUGAGUGCCAAAGUGGACCUGGAGGUCCUCGGGGGAGGUGGAGACAACCCUACACCAGAUGCCAUGGGUGCCGCUGAUUCUCUCCCAUCCAAUGAAAGCCUGGCGCAAAAACCACGUCCCCAGACCACCACCACACUCAUUGUGCCAGCCCCCACUCACACUGCACAGAAGGGGGAGCUCUCUCACAGUGCGGUGGAGUCAGCCAAGGACGCUGCAGACCCCCAGAGCUCCUCGCUGCUGCCCCAGGUGGGUGGCACCUGCAGCAUCGUUCAUGUGCUGGAGCUGAAAGAGGGCAUGGCCAUCCUUCCAGGCAGUAACCUCAAGUUUCGAAUGAGAGACUGUGGCACACUUGAAGUGGUAAGUGAUGAAAAGGUGACCUGUGUUGACCCUGCAGUAGAAGGGGUUUCUGGGAAGGAGGACACAGACAAGAGGCCUACCCCCAAAACAGAUGUGAGUGGCACAGGGGAAUCUGACUGGCCCUUGAAGAAGGAGCCAGGACCAGAGGAGAGUGCCGGUCACCGUGUAGGCUGGGAGCCAGGGGCGACCAGGCACUACCCACAGGAACUGCGCAGGGAGCCAGUAACUAAGAAGCCCGAGGGGGGAGAGAAGGUCUCGCGGGAUCAGGGGACUGUCCUGGAUCCAGAGAUGCUGAAGCCCAUGAAAAAGAGGAAGAGGAAGGACUACCUGAGCCCGUCAGAAGAAGAGUCAGAGAUGGAGGCAAUGGAGGAGAAAACUGAGGAUCUAAAGACAGGCAGCCCAACAGGGGAGGGCAGGCAAAGCAGGCCAGGUGCAGCUGACAUCAAGAAGGAAGAAUGGGCAUGGGCUCAGUACCUGGAGGAGCAGAAGGCCAUUGCAGCCCCACCUGAGCUCUUUCAGGAGUCUCAGAGGGUUCCAAAGUGCAAAAAUAACUUCCGCCAGGGCAUGAAGCUGGAAGGCAUUGACCCCCAGCACCCCUCAAUGUACUUCGUUCUGACAGUAGCUGAGGUGUGCGGCUACAGGAUGCGCCUCCAUUUCGACGGCUACUCUGAUUGCCACGACUUCUGGGUCAAUGCCAACUGCCCGGACAUCCACCCGGCCGGCUGGUGUGAGAGGACAGGGCACAAGCUCUACACACCCAAAGGGUGUAAGGAGGAGGAGUUCUCCUGGCCCAGCUACUUAAGAGUCACAAAAGCACAAGUUGCCCCCAGCGAACUGUUCGUGAGCCCUGGCAGUACGGACGUGCAGUGCAGCUUUGAGGUGGGCAUGAAGCUGGAAGCUGUGGAUCGGAUGAACCCCUCCCUCAUCUGUGUCGCCACAGUGACGGAUGUGGUGGACAACCGGUUCCUGGUUCACUUCGACAACUGGGACGACACUUACGACUACUGGUGUGAUGCCAGCAGUCCAUAUAUUCACCCCAUUGGCUGGUGCCAAGAGAGAGGCCUCCCCCUCACACCCCCGCAAGAUUACCCAAACCCAGAUAGGUUCAACUGGGCGAAAUACCUGGAGGAGACAGGAUCCACAGCUGUUGCUGCAGAUGCCUUCAAAGUGCGUUCUCCGCAUGGCUUCCAAGUGCAGAUGAAGCUGGAGGCGGUGGAUAAGCGCAGCCCCGCCCUGGUGCGAGUGGCCACUGUGGUGGAGGUUGACACCCACAGGAUAAAGAUCCACCUGGACGGCUGGAGCCACAUGUACGAUGAGUGGGUGGACUCUGAUCACCCUGACAUACACCCCGCGGGCUGGUGUGAGCAGACGGGGCACCCCCUGAAAUCGCCCCUCCGUGAGUCGAAUGCCCAGCAGCCCGCAGGCCCCAGGGAGCCCCCGGCUUCAGGACAGACUAACUUCCCUUCACUGCCAUGUAAAGGAAUAACUCACUCCAGAAACACCAAGUACAGCUUUCACCAUAGGAAGUGCCCCACCCCUGGCUGUGACGGCUCUGGUCAUGUGACUGGGCGUUUCACUGCCCAUCACUGCCUAUCAGGCUGCCCAUUGGCUGAGCGUAAUCAGGGCAGGCUCAAGACAGAUCUGUCAGACACCGACGGCCCAGGUGGUAAACGAAACCUCCUGGUGUUUGGUCAACGGACCAAGAAGUCUCGCUAUCAUGGCAGGAUUGGGCGUCCACCCAAAUACAGGAAGAGCCAACAGAGAACUUACCAGAGUAUGGCUGCAGAGGGAGUGUACCCUUCGUUGUUCAUGUCGGCACUGUCCGCCCAUCCUGACCGCUCCCUGUCGCUCUGCUGGGAGCAGCACUGCAAGCUGCUGCCGGGAGUGGCUGGCAUCCACGCCAGCAAGGUGGCCACCUGGACAGUGGAUGAGGUCUUCGGUUUUGUUCAGAACCUGACUGGCUGUGAGGAGCAAGCUCGCUUGUUCAGAGACGAGAUGAUUGACGGAGAGGCCCUCCUUCUGCUGACGCAAACUGACAUUGUUAAGAUCAUGAGCAUCAAGCUUGGGCCCGCCCUCAAGAUCUACAAUGCCAUUCUCAUGUUCAAGAGCACUGAUGAAGACCUCAAGUGACCCUGCCUGGCGUCACUCGAACUUGUGUGUGCUUAACGUGCCAAUCGCCCCACCCCCACCCCGCCCAUGUGUUCGGUGUUCAAUUCUGCACCCAUCAGAGAGAGAGAGCGAGAGCAAAAUCCAGGGCCAAAAUGGCACAAACCAUCAGGAAAAUGCAGGACCAAACUUAGAUUAAAGGAGAUUUUUCACAUCAGUUUUUGUUUCCAUAAUAUCUGGGACCAUUCUGUUAGGCCCUUCAGUGAUGCACACUUAAGUACUGUAUCAGAGACCAAUCACCUUUACCACAAUUUGUGCUGUGUGUCCCAUAAUGGCCACUAGAGGGUGCAGGUACCCCUUCUGUGUCAUCUUUAGACUGGGGCGUUAGCACGUUCAGGAAUUGCUGCUUGUUUUGUUGCCUGCCCCUGCAAGUUUUGCAUUAAAGUACUUUAUAGAUAUCAGUGAUUCCAGAAUGUGGUCAUUUGAAAAACAUUCAAUAUAAUUAAAGAACUUGCCAAAUAUUUUGAUAUCUGAGUUCCCUGCGUUCAUAAGUAAGCCGAAUUCAUGUAUGUAAAAUAUGUAUAGAAGCUCAAUUACGUGUCCUCAGUAACAGCACAUUUCUCUCUCUGAGGGGCACAGAAUACUGUGUUGGGAUUUAUGGUUCUUUGGGACAAAAUGUCUUUCAAAUCAUCAAAAA